AUGCUCUUCUCGAUGAAGGCGGGGGUUGCUGCCACGCAGUUGCAGGGUUUAUGUGGUGCAGCAGCAGCAGGUAACCCCGCUAUUGUUGCAGCAGAAAGGGAGGUUCGCUUCAACUCGUGCUGCUGGGCUGCAGCAGAUGUUUUGGUUGCGGCGCAGGAAGAUAGUGUUGUCUCUCUGUGGGAUAUUCGUCAGUCCCCAAAACAGCCAACCGGCGAGAUGCUGCGCCUAUACGACUGGCGUAAGAUGAAUGAAGCAUUGCAUGUGGUUGAGGGUUGUUGCGAGGGUUUAGGGGUUUCGGUGGUUUGCUUCUCUCCCUUUCUCUCUUCUUUUCUUCUUUGUGGCGGCAGCAACAAACAUAUUUCUUUUUUUGAUUUAAAUAAAGUGGGAGAGGACCAAGACCCAGAAGACGCUGAGGAUGGACCCCCAGAGCUACUGUUUACACACGGAGGCCACCGGGCGGAUAUAUAUGAUGCUGCGUGGAACUGCGAUGAGAAAUUUCCUCAGAUGGUUGCUUCUGUUGCUAACGACAACAAACUCCACAUCUGGCAGCCGAAAGCCUCUGUCUUCUUUGAGAGCGACAGCGAGGAGGAGGUGGACCCCGAGCAGUUGGAGUGA